GGCCGCGCGAGGGGGGGCGGGGAGCGGCCCGGCCGGGGCGCGAUGGGCCGGAGGCGGCGGUGGCCGCCGCGCUGGACACGGGCGCGCCCCGAGGCCGAGCCGGCGCCCUGAGCGGCCCGGGACCCCCAGGCAGCUGUGCCCUGAUGGAUAUUGAUCUGGACUAUGAGAGACCCAAUGUCGAGACCAUUAAGUGUGUGGUUGUCGGGGAUAACGCCGUGGGCAAGACACGCCUCAUCUGUGCCAGGGCCUGCAAUGCCACCCUCACCCAGUACCAGCUGCUGGCCACCCAUGUGCCAACCGUCUGGGCCAUCGACCAGUACCGCGUGUGCCAGGAGGUGCUGGAGCGCUCCCGGGACGUGGUGGACGAAGUCAGCGUGUCUCUGCGGCUCUGGGACACCUUUGGGGACCACCACAAGGACAGGCGCUUUGCCUACGGCAGGUCGGAUGUGGUGGUUCUCUGCUUCUCCCUGGCGAACCCCAACUCCCUGCGCCAUGUGAAGACCAUGUGGUACCCGGAGAUCAAACACUUCUGCCCACGGACACCCAUCGUGCUGGUAGGGUGCCAGCUGGACCUACGCUAUGCCGACCUGGAGGCAGUCAACCGUGCCCGGCGCCCGCUGGCCAAGCCCAUCAGACCCACGGACAUCCUGCCGCCCGAGCGGGGCCACGAGGUGGCCAAGGACCUGGGGGUGCCGUACUACGAGACCAGCGUGGUGGCGCAGUUUGGCGUCAAGGAUGUCUUUGACAACGCCAUCCGCGCCGCCCUCAUCUCCCGCCGCCACCUGCAGUUCUGGAAGUCCCACCUGAAGAAGAUGCAGAGGCCCUUGCUGCAGGCACCCUUCCUGCCCCCCAAGCCGCCCCCGCCUGUCAUCCACAUCCCGGACCCCCCCACCAGCGGUGGCCAGGGCCCUGCCGCCCUCUUCUGCACCCCCCUCUGUGCUGAUGUGGUCUUCCAGCUGCAGGGGGGGCACAGUGUCUUCGCCCAUCGUGUCUACCUGGCCACGUCCUGCUCCAAGUUCUACGACCUCUUCACCCUGGCGGGGUCGGCGAGCCAGGCCCAGGAGCCCUGUGGUGUGGAGCGACGGGCGGCCAAGGAGCCGGCUGCCAGGACUAAGAGCCUGGAGAUGGAGAAGGGCCUCCUGGGCGAUGGGGCCCAGGCCCCACUCAGGACUUCGCAGAGUGACGAUCCCCUGCGGUUGGUGCCGGGCGAGGGCCAGCAGCUCCCAGGGGCCGGGGGCCAGGAGCUGUCGGGCUGGGGCCGGGGCUUUGUCAGCAUGCAGCUGGAGUUGGUUCAGGACCCCGUGACCCAGCGGGAGAGGCAGAUGACGGUGGUGUACAUGGACUGCCUGGUCCAGCCGGGGCCCUUCCGCGCGGUGCUGGAGUAUCUGUACACGGGCCACCUGGACCAGGGCCGCGCAGACCUCAUGCAGGUGGCCACCAUCGCCGAGCUGCUGGAGGUCUUCGACCUGCGCAUGAUGGUGGCCAACGUGCUGAACAAGGAGAGUUUCAUGAAUCAAGAGAUCACCAAAGCCUUCCAUGUGCGCCGUGCCAACCGCAUCAAGGAGUGCCUGGGCAAGGGCGUCUUUGCGGACGUUGUGUUCCUGGUGGAUGAUGGGUCGGUGCCGGCCCACAAGCCGCUGCUCAUCGCGGGCUGUGACUGGAUGGUGGCCAUGUUCUGUGGCAACUUCCGGGAGAGCUACGCCCCGGAGGUCUCCCUGCCUGGCACCAAGUGCGCCUGCCUGCGCGCUGUCCUGGAGUUCCUCUACACCGGGCAUUUCACCCCCACUCCCGACCUGGACGCCAUGGAACUCCUGGUCUUAACCAACCGCCUGUGUCUGCCCCGGCUGCAGGCGCUCACAGUAUGCUGUGGACGAGCUGCUCCGAGCCUACGUGCAGCAGGUGGAGAUCGACGAGCAGGUGAUCAUCUACCUGGAGAUGACUCAGUUCCACAACGCCCAGCAGCUGGCAGCAUGGUGCCUGCACUACAUCUGCACCAACUACAACAGCGUCUGCCGCCGCUUCCCCAGGGAGAUGAAGUACAUGGCGCCAGAGAACAAGGCGCACUUCGAGCGGCACCGCUGGCCGCCCAUCUGGUACCUGAAGGAGGAGGAUCUGUACCUGCGCUCGAAGAAGGAGCGGGACCUGGAGGAGCAGCUGCUGCGGAAGCAGCACACCCGCAGCAAGUGGUGCUUCUGGCGCCCCUCGCCCCACGUCUCCUGAGCCCUGCCGUGCUGCUUGUGCCUUGCUGAGGGCGGGAGGGGCUGCCAGGCGGGCCGGGCCAGGGUAGGGCUGGGUGCCUGUGCCCAUCAUUCCCACUUCCAUGGGCACAGCAGCUGUUCCUGCUCCAGCACAGGGCUCCUGGCCAGCUGCUCCCAUGGGGCGGGGUCCCGUUUACUGUCCCCCUGGCCCACCGAGCCCUGGCUCUGGAACGUUUACAGGCUCUCCUGGCCCCUGCUGCCCUUAGCUUCCAUCUGUGCCUCUGCUGCAGCUUGGCAGUGCAUUGGUCCCCGUUGCCUUGCCGGGGGGUGGCCGGGGGCCCCAAACCCAGCAGAGCUGUGGGGAUACCUCUCGUCUAGCAGUGUGGGGGCUGGAUUCGGGCUGUGAGCGUGACUCUGCUGUGCUCGGGCGGGGGUUGGGUCACAGCUGUCCCUCCCCUCCUCCCCUGACGGUGGGGAUGCUGACAGGGUCUGAGCCCACGGGGCGCCUCAGAGCAGCACUCUGCUCCCCGCAGGGUUGGGCCUGUUCCAGGCUCCCCCUAGGCCGGAGGGCAGCAGAGCUGUGCAGGGGGUUGGAUCAGGGAGCUGAGUGCAGGGGGGGGCUGGGGGAGAGGGUUUCUCCUUGUCCUUGGGACACUAACAGAGCAGUGAGGGGGUGGCUGUGCUGGGGGCAGAUGUGGGGUGGAGCUGUGUGUGUGUGGGGGGGGGGUCUGAGCUCGGGGGGUGCAUGUGGGAGCUGGGUUUGGGCAGGAGAUUUCUGUGUUUUCGGUAGUUGUAGGAGCUGCUCCCUUUGUGCUUUGCCUGCUCUUGGGACGGGGGCAGCCUGGAGCCCCCAGCCGGCCCCUUUGCUCCUCUCUGUGCCUUUGACACUACAAGCCUCUUCCCCAGCUCGCCCUGCCUCGUGAGAGGGGCUGGGGCCCUGGGCAAUGGCUCCCUCCCCGUUUUGAUACACCUUGGUGCAUUAAGGGAACUGCCCUGGGCUGGCAGGGCCGUGCGUGCCACGUGCACAAUGGGGUUUACACUUUUCUAGGGAGCCCGGCUCCUGCCAGGCCUCGCGGAGCACCGUUCCCACGCUGAGCCGUCCCCUCACUCCGACCGAAGGGCUGUUUGUAUCCGCGUUUCUAACCACUGUGAGCCGGCCUCGCGCUGCCCGGCCUUUUUACACCUCGCAGUAUUGGACUGUUUUAACCUUUUAAUAAAACCUUUUGUAAUGUGU